AUGUUCCAGUUAGUUCGAAAUCGACAUUCAGGGAAUAUAUUGAGAACAAUUUCACAUACAACAAGAGGAAUUACAAGUAAUUCUACAGUGCAGGUUUUACCGGAUAAUUUGAAUUCCCAUCAAUUAGAAACCGUGAAUGAAGAUGAUGAUUUAAUAAGUCGGCAAUCUGAACUGGACAAUGUUGAAACAAAAUCAUCCGAAGCUUCAUCACCUGAUGAAUGGAAGUUCUUAUUUGAGACUGUAAUCGAAGAAGAGAAUAAAGAUAAAGAACGAGUACGUCAUCAAUCAACUUUUGAUAGGCAUGAUAAUCAUAUUAGGUAUGAUAGGCAUUUACCAUCACCUAGAAAACGACAGUCAUCAAGAGAGGAAAUUUAUCGAGAGAGUCAAAAAAGAUUUAUCCCUUAUGAAAAAAAUGAGGGCGCUUUCCAUAGAAUCUUUCGUACGCUCCUUGAUAGUAAUAAUUAUGAACGUUGGAAAGGUACGAGAUUAGACAAAAUGAAUGACGAAUCAAAGUCAUCAACGAUCGAACAAUAUUUGUAUGAUUUAAUGAGGCGGGGUGAAGAACAACAACCGAUGAGCGAACAACAAGGGAAUCAGUUUGAACAAGAGGAUGAUGUACCAAAUGAAUCGAUGAAAGCAACAUCAUUAUUAAAUGUAUUUAAUGAACCGGAAAAAGAAGCCAUAGAAAUAAAAAACGAAUUAUUAAAAUGUGAAACGAAAAAACGAUUUCAAGAGAUCAUCUCCAAAAAUAUUUUUGGAGUUGAUCAUGAGAAUUCUAUUAAAUCAAAGCGCGUAGUUGAUGAUUUCAAUAGACCAUUUCCCUUUAGAUAUGAAAUGUUAUUAAAUCAAUCAAUAUUAUUAUGUAAUAUUAAAUUUAAAGAUCCUCAUUUAGCUUUAUCAAUAUUUGAACAAACAAAAAGAAGGGGUUUAUUAUCUUAUGUAUUGGGUUGUUCUACAAGAGUUUAUAAUCAAAUAUUAUUAAUUCGAUGGGAAUUUUGGAAAGAUAUAAAGGGGAUCGAAAGGUUAUUGGAUGAAAUGAAAUAUAAUGGAGUUUCAUUUAAUGAUGAAACUUAUAAGAUUAUUUCUGAUAUUCAUUUAGAAGUUGCUUCAUAUACAAACUCAGAGAAAUGGGAUUUAUUUGAUGUGAAAGCUUACAAAACAACAAAUCAACAUCCUUUUCUUUCAAAUGUACCUUUUAAAGAUGAAACUCCCUUACCAGAAAACAUACCAAGAGUAGAUGACGUUGGAACAACUUCUGCUCCUUUAAAAUCUGCUGCUUUUUUUAUUGGUGCUUAUUGUAAAGAAUUUAAUGAUGAUUAUAUGCUUUGCAAAAAUGAAAAUAAUGAUCCAAAACAUUGUUUAAAAGAAGGUAGAAAAGUUACAAGGUGCACUAUUGAGCUGCUUCGUAAGUUACGUGAAAAUUGUGAUAAAGAAUUUGAAACUCAUUGGCAGUGUUUAGAUAAAAAUAAUCAGGAAUAUUAUCAAUGUAGACCACAAGAAAAGACAUUUAAUUCUUGUGUGUUUAACGCGUUGAAUUUAGAAAAAGUUAUUCCUGGGACCCCUCAGGGAAAACCUCCAAUUCAUCUUAAAGAUAGCCCUAUUUUUAAACCAAGUUAA